CACAUAUUUACUGUUGUCCUUGUUUUGAGUUACACACAGGCACUUAGGAGUUAAAGGAUAUUUAACUUGCUUUUCAAUCCUCAUCUGUGCCAAAAACACGGUAUUGGGAGGGGGUGUAAUUGUAAUAGCCUUUAAUGAUUUCAUUUGCCUGUAGAAAAGUCUAAGAAAUCUACAAUUCUGUUGGUUUUUGCAGCCUUUAUAAGUCCUCACAUAGACUACUGAUUUCUUCUCUGUAUCCUGCUCAUUGUUGAAAAGCCAGAGCUAUUUUUAACGUUUACACAAUUUCGAUAGAUGAUUCUUCAUUCCACAAGGUUUGGUGCUAAAGCUGUGGAGCCUCUCGUAAUUAUCUCCUUCUCGUGGUUUGCUUGAAUUUGAUCACAGUGGCUGAUUUCAUGCAUUGAUAAUGAAGGCUUAGGUUGCCUGUUUCUCGGCAUAAAUUCACCUCAGACUUGUGCGUUGACAGUGCUUCUGGUUUCAGCACGCUUGGAGAUAUAGAAUUGAAAUUGCUCUGCUUUCUUUACAAAUGACUCAGAGUGUGCCUGUCCUUACCUAAAAUGUUGCCAGCGUGUAAAGGAUUUUCAAUGAGCAGUGCAACAAGCCAGCAACUGAGAAGGUUUGGAGCGGCACUGAUAUAACGUGGUGCUGUCACACUGAUAAUCAAGGCUGGAGCCAAGUCUCGGUAGCACCGUGCUUUACCCUGGUCACAUACUGGAAGUUUUGUGUAUUGAACUUGGUUGCUCCUGAGGCUGGUGAGAGCCCUGGCAGGAUGUGGAGUGGACUUCCUAGCAGAGGCAGUACAUGCCACACUACUACCCUUCCUGCUCUUGUGCGCACACCUACCCUGAUGAUGCAGCCUUCACUGGAUAUCAAACCCUUCAUGCCUUUUCCAGUGGACAGUAGUUCUGCUGUUGGUCUCUUUCCAAAUUUUAACACAAUGGAUCCUGUUCAAAAAGCAGUCAUUAAUCACACGUUUGGAGUGUCCAUUCCUCCAAAGAAGAAGCAAGUUAUUUCUUGUAAUGUCUGCCAGCUUCGCUUUAAUUCCGAUAGCCAGGCCGAGGCCCACUACAAAGGAAGUAAACAUGCCAAGAAGGUCAAAGCACUAGAGGCAACGAAAAAUAAACCCAAAAUGGUUUCUUCCAAGGACAGCGCAAAGGCUAGCCCCAGCUGCGCCAUCACUCCAAUCACAGGCAACAACUCUGACAAAUCAGAAGAUAAAGGAAAGUUAAAAGGCAGUAGUUCCAGUCAGCCAUCAAGCUCUGAAAGUGGCUCAUAUCUCCUCAAAUCUGGCGCCACAGCCCUGCCACCUGGAGCAGCCACCUCUCCUUCCAAGAGCACAAAUGGAGCUCCUGGUACUGUUACUGAGUCAGAAGAAGAAAAAGCCAAAAAAUUACUUUAUUGUUCACUAUGCAAAGUGGCUGUGAACUCCCUGUCACAGCUAGAGGCACACAACACAGGAUCUAAACACAAGACCAUGGUUGAGGCACGCAAUGGGGCUGGUCCAAUUAAGUCCUACCCUAGACCCGGAUCACGAUUAAAGAUGCAGAAUGGCAGUAAGGGCUCAGGACUACAGAACAAGACAUUUCAUUGUGAAAUCUGUGAUGUUCAUGUUAAUUCAGAAAUUCAACUCAAACAGCACAUUUCUAGCCGAAGGCAUAAAGAUCGAGUUGCAGGGAAGCCGUUGAAGCCGAAAUACAGCCCUUACAACAAACUGCAGCGGAGCCCAAGCAUUCUAGCAGCAAAACUUGCAUUCCAGAAAGAUAUGAUGAAGCCUCUGGCCCCUGCCUUCCUGUCCUCGCCCCUGGCGGCAGCUGCGGCUGUGUCCUCGGCACUGUCACUUCCUCCCAGGCCUUCUGCCUCGCUCUUCCAGGCUCCAGCCAUCCCUCCUGCUCUCCUGAGGCCUGGGCACGGGCCCAUCCGUGCCACUCCAGCCUCCAUCCUCUUUGCUCCCUACUGAUGUCUGCAAGUCCCAAGAUGAUUGAGGCCAGUAGGGAGGCUGAAAAGGAAAGCCAAAAGGAUUCAGCAGUUUAGGCAUUUUGUGUGCAGUAAGUACCCCCAGCUACCCGCAUUGCACCACACACCACCCCAAGCCCCAGCUCCAAAGAACAGAUCCCUAGAUUCAAGCGUGUUUUUGUGGUCCUUGCCUGUCAUUUAGGAAAUCUGAGCAACAUAGUCUAUCUCCCUGUUUCUGGCCCCAGCUCCAUUCAAAUUGUGUAUCUGAGACAUUUGGUUUCUUGAAAAUGUAUUGGUCAGAGCAACAACAACAACAAAAAAUUCUUUUUUUUCACGGGGCAUGAUCUGGCUUUGAAACAAUAUGGAAUAUUUUCCUGACAGACUUGAAAACUAGGAUCUUCCUUGAUGUCUGUAAAUAACUCUGGAAUCCAAGUGGGUGAGCAUCUCCUAGCGUGGAACAAAAAUUGAUGAACACAAGUGCUGACUUGUGAAUACCAUCUCACUAAUGGAUCACAACAUCUUCGUUCUGGUGUGCUCUUGUUGACAGGGAUUGUGUACUGUUUUAGACCCGAGUACUGUUGUAUCCUGUGUAGUACUAGACCUGUAUUUCUUGUCUGAUUUCAACAUUUUUAGUUGCUGUGUAAAUGUUAGGAAGCAAAGUAGUUUUGCAUUUUCUCUUGAAGAGAACAAAAGAUAUGUAUUUUCUUUAUUUCACACUUUAUUUGGAGAUAUUUAAACAAAAUAGAAAGCCAUAUGACAUAGCUAUAAUUACUACCUAUGUGCUAUUUUUUCUUUAACUUAUUUUGUAGCUUCCUUACCAGUUUGAGUUGCUAAGCAAACGUAUACAAACAGAAACAGAGCUUCCUAAAUUGCACAUUUUUGCACCUCUUGUGCAUUCUGCAAGAAGACAAUGAAUUCAUGUAUUUCUAUGUAAUUAUCUUCAUUUUUAACCUGUUUUCAUUUGUAAUGAUGCUACAUAAUUUUGUGGCUCCCUAAUGCAAUAAUGUACAGAAGAUAAAAAAAAUUUAUAAUUGAACAAUUUGUCUUUCUGUUCACUGAGUCUGUUGCAGGCCAUGCUCUUAUGCCCCCCUUUCUAAGCUGAUAUCAACAAAACUGGAAUGUUUGUGAUAUCCGGGGGCAAGAGGUAUCGUAAAUCAACAAAAUAGAGUGAACACUUUUAGAGCAUCUUUAUCUGCAAUCUGUAAAUGGUAAAAUGUCUGUGUAUUUUUUUAAAUGUACCUUUUCAAUAAAAGUACA